AUCAUUUUACAUUUUUAUAAAAUUCGAAAUUGGUAAUAGCUUAUGCCUUCAAUAUUUUGCAGCCGAUUUCUUUCCUUCUUGCCCUCUGACUGUUGUAGAAUGAUGCUGCUUCCAACCAUAGUCACCUGGAUGUCCAUGGAAGGGCAUAGGAGGCUAGAACAAGUGAUCCCAAAUUCAGUGCAGAAAUGGUGGGAUAAAUGGGAGCUACGAGGACUCGUUUUGAUUAGCCUUGUCACACAGAUCAUAUUGACAAUAUUGGGUGACCGUAGAAAAUGGAAACCCAAUAUUUUGACACGACCACUUUUGUGGUCUGCCUACUUGCUAGCAGAUUGGGUGGCAGCUGUAGCAAUGGGAGUCAUCUCCAGCAAUCUAGGAGACAUUUACAACAAAGGUGAACAGCCAAAGAAUGUUGAUCCUCAACUUCUUGCAUUCUGGGCUACUUUUUUUCUGAUUCACCUUGGUGGUCCUGAUACAAUCACAGCUUAUUCCUUAGAAGACAAUGAGUUAUGGCUAAGGCAUUUUGUUGGUUUGUUGUCUCAAUCAACCCUCACUGUCUAUGUAAUUAUUUUGUCUUGGCAAGGUAAUUGGCUUUCACAUCUUACCAUUCCCAUGCUAAUUGUUGGGAUUAUCAAGUACGGGGAAAAGACUUGGUCUCUUUAUUGUGGAACUAUCAAGUAUCUCAGGGAUUCUUUCCUUGGUUUAAGUGAUUCUUCUAGGAAGAGGGAACAACAAGAAGAACUGGAAAUGGAUUUUUCGAGGGAAGAACAAAGGAGUUUUCUUCGAGCCAUUUAUAUCUUUGUAAGCCUCUUUGUUGAUAUGGUUUUUAGUCCACGGGACAUUACUGAAGAUAGAAACAAUUUUCUAACAGGAGUUUAUUCGAAAUGGAGUUUAGUGGAUUCUGAACUUAAAUUGAUGUACGAUGUCUUCUAUACUAAAGCAUUUGCAAAUUAUGGCGUAUGGGGUUCGAUAUCACGCUUCAUCACUCUAACUACCAUUAUUGUUGUGCUUGUAUUAUAUGCUUGUCUAAGUGAAAAAAAUGAGCACCUGGAUUUGGACCACGUCAUCACGUACUUGUUGGUGAUUGGAGCAUUGUUAGCAGAUAUAUAUGCUUUUACGUUAGUUCGGAUUUCCGAAUGGACAGUUCAGUACAUGACAAUGAUGAUUCAUAGGAUGCAAUUUUACUUUGAGGACAGUUCAGUUCGGAUUGCCAUCCUAGAUUAUUGUUGUGCUUGUUGUCAUUUACUUUUGUGGGUUGAUUUUUUGCUAAUUGUUUUCGUCAUUAGCCAUUUUGUACCGAAUGAGGUUGUUACUGUUGGAGUUUCUUUGGGACAGUGUAACUUCUUCGAUUUGAUUUCCAACAAAAGUUUGAAUUUUCGCAAGUUAGAAGAACUCCCAAGUGUUAAAUAUUGUUUAUCCUCAGAUGAUCUAAAGAAAGCAAUCUCUAAAAGUUUGCGUGAUAAAUCAGAAGAAGGCGCGCAAUCAAACCCUUCAGGCUCCCCAGGAUAUAGGACUCUUUUAUUGGGGAAAAAUGCUCCAAUUUUCGCAAGUGAACUUGAACUUCAUAGAACAAUUAUUACUUGGCACAUUGCUACAGAUAUGUUUUAUAACUGUGAUAGCAACUCAAGUUCUAAUUUAGAAACAAGGAAAAACUGUAAAGUGAUGUCUGAUUAUAUGUUUUACCUCUUGGUCAAACAACGUCAGAUGUUGCCAGUAGGUGCGGGGCUGAUAACUCUUCAAGACACAGUAAUUGAAGCCAAGAAAAUUGUAGUUCCACAAGAUAGUUUAUCUAAAAUGAGUGAGAUAUUACUUCAACAUGACACGACCAGAGCAAGAGAUGAAGCCUCAGAGAUGCAAAGUACAUCUGUUCUAUUUCAUGCUUGUGCAGUUGCAAAACAACUCAUUGCUGAAGAAAAUAGACAACCAACAUGGGAAUUUGUUGAAGAAUUGUGGAUUGAGAUUAUGAGGUACGCUAGUGCUCAAUGUAGAGUAGAUAUGCAUGCUCAUCAACUUAGAAGACACCCUGAAUUUUUGUCUCAUGUCUGGCUCUUUCAAGCUCAUCUUUGUUUGUUGGAUCAAUUUCAAAUAACACCCCGCCAGACAAGUGUGUAACUGUGUAAGUGUUAGUCCCUGAAUAAGGAAAAGUUAAUCCAUCAUGUAAGUUCAAACAUUAUGUAUAUGUUUUUAUUUGUAACAUCGUGUUGAUGUGUUGUAUAACAUAAAACCACUCUCUAAAG